CGAAAAUUAUAAAUUCAGUCUCUACAAUACUAGAAAAGAUAUCACUGAACACUAACCUAAAUAAACACAACGGUAACAACUGAUAAGAUUAAAAAUGUAAAGGUAUAGGUAACUGAAGUACGAUGACUAAAGAUAGGUUAGGUGAGCUUCUUAAUGCACAGAGAACAAGCAGUCGUAACAAUGAAGUGAAAGUAGACAUUAUCACAAACGGAGACGUGGAUAGUGCAAACCAAAAUGCGAAUUUACGAAAAGUUUUCGAAAGGGCUGAAGUUUUGGGACAGUGGAUAGAUAGUAUUGAGCAAAAUGUUGUCGCAAUCAAACAGUAUAUUGGAAGGUUGGAUACCUUGAGCGUUAAUCAUAGAGAUCUCACCGAUAAAAUCGAGGCAUUAUUCCAAAACAACACCAGUGUAUGUCACAAAAUCAAUGGAAAAUUAAAAGAAAUAGAAGGAGAAAUAAAAACAGCUAAUACCGACUCCGCGGAAGGCAGGAUAAAAUUAAUACAGUUCAAUACGUUAAAGACUCGUUAUACGAAAAUUUUUAAACUUAACAACACGGAGUUGGAAAAUUUUAGAAAUAUUCAGAAAGAGAAUUUGGAAGCGCAGCUUAGAGCUAAAGGAGUUAGAGUGACCGACGAAGAACUUGUGUCAUUGCUUGAUAAUAAAACUGAUAUUCAAAUUUUUACAGAUAAUAUUAUAGCGGAAACACAGGAGGCCAAGCGGAUUUUGGCCGAUAUUGAGGAAAGACACCAACAAUUGUUAAAGAUAGAAAGUAUGUUAUUAGAAGUUAGGGAUCUUUUUCUACAAAUGGCUAUAUUAGUAGAGGCACAGCAAGAUUUAGUAGAUCGAGUCGAAUAUCAGGCGCAUUUGGCACAAGAAUACGUUGCAAAAACUCCAAAGAUUUUACAUCGAGCUGCUAAACAUAAAAUACGAUAUUUAAAGUGUAAGAUUAUCUUUGGAAUCGUAAUUCUAGUACUGAUCGCAAUAAUAAUUAUAAUGCUGUUUAAGUAAACUAUAACCAGGUAAUAUUUUUUUUAAAUACAUUUUGAAACA